CGUAGGAGUCGUUUGACAUUCGGUAGUGACUUGCUGUUAACUGUUGAAAAACGCGGAUUUGUUAAGAAUAAUUGAGAGUUUGUUGAUAAUUCGGUUGUUAACUAUAUAACAAACAGUGCUGUGUCGCUUAAAAGCUAAAAUGGCUUAUUACUGUAUUGAUGUUCAGAAACAGUUGCACACUAUUUUGGAUACGUUGACAAAAGAUGCUGUGGCUGAGAUAGGCAAACUUAUUGAAGAUGGUUCCGCUGUUCUGCGUUUGGAAAUUAUUCAUAGUCAGAAAGAGAACGAAACGCUGAAGAUGAGAUUGCGGGAGAUGGAGAGUGAGCUGAAGACUGCGCGUGAGAACGGGAGGAAAAGAGAUGAGUUUAAGGAUGUGUUUGCGACGAGGUACUAUUUACCCACGGAGGAGGAGGACCGACACUGUGUUGUGGCAGAGCAGAGCAGUGAACUCCUCUCUGAAUCAGUCAUUAAGAAGGAAAGACAGGAGGAUCAGGAGAACAGCUUGGGCGGUGAUUGGAGGGGGGACAUUUUAGAAGCUGAGAGGAGAGCUGGAGCUGAAUGGGACUCCAGGCUGAAUCGGGACUCGGAGGCUGAAGUCCAGCCCGGCCCGGUCGCAGCCCCAGAGCAGUUGGGCUGGGCGGAGCCAGACAUGCUGCAGGAGGACAGUGAGGAGGCCUAUGCAGAUUUCUGCUACGCUACCGAGGGGGGUGCGUUUCCUGUCCCAGAGGGGGGUGCGUUUCCUGUCCCAGAGGGGGGCGUGUCGGGGGCAGGGCCCUUUAAACAGGAAGCGGGCAUGCAGCCCGUGUGGCCUGAGGAGGCGGGGUCAGGAAUAGGCCCCUCCCAUCAGGGGGGGUACAGGGAGCAGGCGGAGAGCAGGGUGGGGGCUGGGAGGGCCCGUCCCGUGGGGCGCCAGCAGCAGCUGCUGAGGCCGUGCUUGGGGAGGGUGGGGUCCCUGACUCUGCAGAACGCUGCCGGAAAGUGCCAAAACCUCUCCCCUGUCCAGAGAAACCACAAGAGAGACCGGCAGUUCAGCUGUGCCACCUGCGGGAAAGGCUUCUUCAGAAAGCACCACCUGAAUUCUCACCAGAGGACUCACACUGGAGAGAGACCUUACUGCUGCAAGUACUGUGGGAAGGACUACAAGCAAUUAAAUAAUCUUAUCAGCCACCAGAGGUGUCACACCGGAGAGAGACCGUACAGUUGUACCGAGUGCGGGAAGUGUUUCCACCGUCUCGAUAUUCUUAAAACUCACCAGAGGAUUCACACGCGGGUGCGAACCUUUGUCUGCUCAUUUGCUAAUUGCCAGGAAAGCUUUAGUCAGAAAGGUCUGUUGGAGAACCAUCAGCUGUUUCAUGUUAUCUGACUCUGCUUGGAGCAGCCGAUUCUCUUGUCUGCCUGGGGAGCAGGUUAUCUGUCUGCUGCCCCCUGUCUGUUAAAUUCCUCUGAGAGGAAGAGAUGGAGACUGAUCAUAUCAAAUUAUAGGAAGCAUAUAAUGCUUCUAAUUGAUGCAACCAGCCAACUGUGUCUGCACAAGUGGAAGUGGAUCUACUGAAACACACCAGCAUUCUGGGGCAAAGGGUCAGUUGUUUUUAUUAAGAGUUUUAACUAUCUUUUUGAUAUGCUUGUCUUGCAUAUGGAAAGCUGUGAAUUUUAAUUAGCGAAACUGUACCAAGACAAUAUAGGAAGUCUUUUAUCAAUGUUGGACUAUGAAGAAAACAUGGACACUUUGCCCCAGAAUACUCACAUCGCAUCCUGGUGAAACUGUCUGGAUGAAUAAGUUGGACUCUGGGUCAGUGGGAACAAACUUCACCUUUAAGGGAUUGAUUUACUACAAUCACAGAGCGGAUAUCGGUGCUUGAUAACCUUUUUCAUUAAAUAAAUGAAACGAUAAUUUAAAAAAA